AAGUUCCUCUACAAGCUGCAGCUAAACUAUAGCAAAGAAAUGAUGGCAUCGUCUUCGUCAGUACUACUUCUUCUCCUGGCCGCCGUCCUCCUCGUCGGCGGGUUUGCACUAGUGCUCAAACGCCGCCGCCGGCAGGGAAACAAUCACCGGUGGCCACCGUCCCCGCCGAGGCUGCCGAUCCUCGGGAACCUCCACCAAGUGGGGAAGUACCCACACCGAACGUUCGCCAGCCUGGCGAAGCGGUACGGCGACCCGAUGCUGUUUCACUUCGGGAGGAAGCCGGUGCUGGUGGUGACGAGCUCGGUGGCGGCUCGAGAGGUGCUGAAGACCAACGACCUCAUCGCCUCCGACCGGCCACAAAUCGAAACCGCCAACAGGCUUCUCUACGGCGUCAACAAAGACAUCACCAACGCAGCCUACGGCGAGUACUGGAGGCAGCUCCGGCGGCUGUGCGUCCUUCACCUACUCAGCACCAGAAAAGUUCAGUCCGGGCAAGCCGUGAGGGAGGAAGAAAUCAGGUUACUAGUCAAUCGGAUCAAGCAGAGUGCCCAAACAGUCCAGGCAGUGAACUUGAGCGAGCUGCUAUUCCGGCUGUCCAACGACGUGAUUUGCAGGAUGGCUCUAGGGAGGAAGUACGAUGUGGGUGCUAACACCAAUUUCAAGGACCUGUUGGCCGAAUUCACUGGUUUGCUGGGCACUUUUACUGUGGGCGACUUCAUCCCUUGUCUCUGCAACACCAAUUCUUCUUGUAGCAGUGUGAUAACAGAAGACAAUUAUGAUGACCAAACAUUUACAUUACCCUUCAUAGAUACCUUAUUGCAGCUUCAAAAGGACGCCCAACUUGAUACAGAUGCCAUCAAAGCUUUGAUCCUGGACAUGUUCGUGGCAGCAACAGAUACAUCUGCAACACUUUUGGAAUGGACAAUGUCGGAGCUGAUGAAACACCCUAGGGUGAUGAAGAAGCUGCGAGAGGAGUUGAGACGAGAACUAGUGAGUGACGAGAAAGGAGAAAUUAUUAUCGGGGAGGCCGAUUUAGAGAAAUUGAAGUACCUCAAACUAGUCAUCAAAGAGACAAUUCGAUUGCACCCACCACUUCCUCUGCUACUCCCACGACAGUUCAUCCAAGACACGACCAUAUCAGGGUACGAUGUAUCGGCCGGAACCAUGAUCCUAAUGGAUGCAUGGGCGAUCGGAAGGGACCCUGCAGACUGGACCGAAUCGCCUGGAGAAUUCUGGCCGGAGCGAUUUCUGAACAGCGACGUGGAUUUUAGGGGUCAGGAUUUCAAGCUGCUGCCUUUUGGUGCAGGAAGACGAGGUUGUCCUGGAAUAUCCUUUGGCCUUGCCGUUGUGGAGCAUACGCUGGCUCAUCUGGUGGGGAACUUCGAUUGGGAGUUGCCUGAUGGUGUUGAAGGGCAAGGACUGGACAUGACUGAAGCUACUGGUUUUAUAUCCUAUCGAAAGACCCCUCUAGUUGCGAUUCCCACCAUUUAUGUUUCUCAGCAGUUCUAA